CAUGCAUACUUGCUCCGGGAAAGCUCUCCCUCCUGGGACCCCAUGGGUCCUGGUGGUGGUGGGUCGGUGGCUUACUGCCUGUUGAGAAAUGCUGGUCACUAGGCCCCAGCACAUGCCCCUCUCCCAGGGCUAAGCAUGCCCUUCACCGUCUGUGUGGAACUCCCAACCUCCCCAUUGCUGGUGACCAUGCGGCUCAGUGUCAUCAGCUUGGGUGAGUGGCGGGUGGUUUCCUGGGCCCACUCUCAGAGACCCUACCCCAGCUGGGCUCGAUUUCCUCAAAGGCUUGUUCUCAGGGCAGCUAAGGUAGCUUCCUGGGCCAGUCUUCCCCCUCCACCUGGGCCUGGGGCCAGUCCAUUGGGUCAUGAUAGACUUGUGUGGCAUCCUGGUGGUGGGGCCCAGCUGCGCCAUCCCUCCUGUAGCAGCCUGGCCUGACACUAGGCUGGGAUUUGGAGUGGCAGCUGGGAUUUGGAGUGGCAGCUGCCAUUGUCCCCUUAUACUGUUCAUACUGGCCUAGGAAGAGUCCUGGGCUGUGGAGGGAACAGGUAAGCACAACACAUUGGCCACUGCAGUGUCAACCUGGAAGAGGGUCCUUGGGACCCAGAAGAGGUUCCUAAACUGGACCUUGAAGACAAUUAGGAAGUCAUGUGCAAAGUGGGGUCUGGGUGGACAGAACCGAGCAUGCAGAGUCUUGAUGAGUCGUGCGGGGAAAUCCCCAGGUGGGGCUGAGAAGCCUGACUAGAAAUCGAGCAACCCGUAAACUCAGUCCCAUAACCUGAGGAAUGGGGGCGUGAGCCACGAGGGAUCAUGUGAGGCUACCCCUACAGGGAUGGAAGAAUUGCAGUGGAGGAGUUUCUGAAUCCGGGGCUCCCCCAGGCCCUGGGCAGACAUGGGUGCCUCAUCAGCUCUGUCAGUCCGUCUCAUGGCCAGCGCAUGACUGGAGUAGGCGCUUUCUUUCCUUAGAUCCUUCCUCUUCCCUCCCCCUUCUCCUCCCUCGCUCUCUCGCUGCACACCUGUGGCCCUGCUGCUUGCCUGACACACAUCACCUAUAUUUUGGCCACUGUCUUUUAUUUUUGCGAUGGAGUUUCGCUCUUGUUACCCAGGCUGGAGUGCAAUGGCGUGAUCUCGGCUCACCAAAACCUCCGCCUCCUGGGUUCAGACAAUUCUGCCUCAGCCUCCUGAGUAGCUGGGAUUACGGGCACGCGCCACCGUGCCCAGCUAAUUUUUUGUAUUUUUAGUAGAGACGGGGUUUCACCAUGUUGACCAGAAUGGUCUCGAUCCCUUGACCUCGUGAUCCGCCCGCCUCAGCCUCCCAAAGUGCUGGGAUUACAGGCUUGAGCCACCGCGCCCGGCCAUGGCCACUGUCUUGAAUGGAGGAGCAACCUCCCUUGAGGGAGUGUGUCCUGGGCUGUCCACCUCCUACCGACAGGACAUAAGGUCACUCCCACACCCCUAAGAGUUCUCUGUGGGCUCCAUGGAGCCCUCACCUCUCCCACAGACUCCUGAGAGUCCCAGGUGGCAGCCUCAAGAAGUCUCCAGGGCAAAGGGUAUUGCAUGGGCUGAGGACCAGGAGAGGGACUCCUGGGGUUGAGGGUGGGGACCCAGCAGGCCCCAAGGAGCGUGUGGGGAAGACGAGACCAAAGUCAGCACUUAAUUAACCCAGAGUGUCCCAAGGGUGGGGGUGGAGAGGGACCACACCCCAAAUCUCUACAGUUCUCACAGCAUUGCCGUGGAGUGAGAACAGGGCUUUCACCGUCAUAGGGGGCUCUGUCCACCAAGGCCCCUGACUUCCGGGGAGCCCACACCCACAGUGCCCUUCUUUCUGAAUGCUGGCCCUUCCACAGCCUGGAUGCUUGAGCCUGGGCAGAGGGAUAACGACCCCUGAACUGUCUUCACAAGCAGAGAGGCUACUUGUCGCCAGGCCCUGACUGCUCGGGCUGAGCUCAGCAGCAGGCCUCUCUCACCAAGACCCCCUGGACAGAAGGGGUUCAGCCCUGAGGACCCAGCACUCCCCACACUUGCAUGUCCCUGCCUGGCAUCCACCCUGGGGACCCACUUGCCCCCUGCUCCCAGCUGCUGGCAGCCCCAUCUUGACUCGUCCGGGAUUCCUGAGGCCACACCAGGAAGCAGCCGGCAGCUGGGAGGCACACCUGCUGUUUCUGCAUCUUUUUUUCUGGAGCUUACAUGGGUGGGAGGGGCUACAGACUCCAGGGAUCCUGCAGGCCACGCCUCCCACUCCCUGGCUGAAUGAGCUUUCUUCUCAGGGGUCUGACUGGAAGGCUGGGACCGACCUGUCACAGAGGCAGGUCUGAGUAGUCCAGGCCCGUUCCUACUCUCCAUCAGGGCCCCUUCUGUUCAUUUGUGCAGCUGCCUUUGCCCAAAGCACCAGUGAUGUCUGCGUGGACUGUCCCUUGUCCCCAAGGGGAGUGUGGCUCCUAGUCCCAGCCUGGGUCUCCAUCACUGGCUGGCUGGUUCUGCUUGCUGCAUUCUCUCCACACCUGCCUCCUGCAGCCCAGGGGUCAGUCUGGGUGCAGACCUGGGAAAGGUCCAGGAGCAGAUUCUGUCCCCCAGCUCUUGCUUCCUGUGCACCAAGGCAGCCAAAAUGCAGCAGCAGAACCAGGAGCACUGGCUUGUCCCAGUAUCCGUGUUUUGGGAGGCUGAGGUGGAAACAUCACUUGAGAGCAGCCUGCACAACAUAGCAAGACCCUGUCUCUACAGAUAAUAAAAUUGGGCAUGGUGGCAUGCGCCUGUAGUCCCAGGUACUCAGGAGGCUGAGGUGGGAGGACCGCAUGAACCCAGGAGGUCAAGGCUGCAGUGAGCUAUGACUGCACCACUGCACUCCAGCCCGGGCAACAGAGCAAGACCCUGUCUCUAAAACAAGAAACAAAGUGCAUCGUGUGUGGAAUCCAGCUUCUGUCGUGUGGACCUGACCUCACUCGGUCCCAUCAGUGAGUGGGAGGCUGCCUGCUGUCUUCCAGAACAUUCCCACCACUACACCUGUGUUUCUCCUGUGUUCCCUGGCAGGCUUUGUGAGGGGGCCUGUCACCUACCCUCUGGCUUCCCUAAGGCACAGCUCAAACCUUUCUUGCCACUGAGAACCUUCUCCUGAAGAGUCUUACCCUCACCCACAGGCCUCCUCAUUUCAGAGCUUUUGGUGGGGUGAGUACCAGGAUUGACUCACUGCUACCAGCUGGGAGGAAUUGUCCCUAGGGUUGGGUCUCUGGAUGGCAUAUGAGGAUCUAGACGAGGACCCAGAUGCCUGUAACCUGAAGGGCAAGGGCCUCAGCUACCAGGGCUUCACACAGCCCCUCGUCCAGCCUGACCUUCUGGGACAGGCCAGACCCCUCCAUCCUUUGGUCUUGGUCCCUACUGGGAACCCUGGUUUCCCUGGAUUACCCACUUUGACUCCAAAGGUAAUAAUGCCGACAUCCCCCGUGAGACCGUGACAGACUGAGACUAUCGUAGGGUUGCCUGGCUCAGAGUCACCAUAGCCAGGCAGAGCUGAGGUCCUGGCCCUGUUCAAGGCUUUCCGAAAUCCCUUCUAGCUCUGGUACCUGGGUUCUUCCUCACCCAGCUGCAGCUUCUCCCACCCCUUCCACCAGGUGACAGAGAACCUGGCAGUCUGUGAGCCAUAGAAGGCUUCAGUUUCCUUCUGGUGAGGGAUGAGAACCAGCUUAGGGCGGGAGGGAAGAGGGGUCUGGGGGCCCUCCCAGCCCUGCCUCUGGCAUUUGAAGGAUGGUGGCUGGGCAGCAGCAUGGUUUAGGCUAGACAAGGCGGCCCCUAGGUUAAUAGCCAGGCCUCAGACAGUUGCUGCCAUGUCACCUUCGCUUCUGCACAUGCUGACCUGGCAUCCCACCUAGUUAAAGGUCCUCAGGCCUCCCGCCCCUGGGCAUUUCCCCCACUCCCUGCCCAGGCACAGCUGUCCUUGUCCUGGACUCAUCUUCAGAGAUGCUUGUCCAGCACACAGCUUUGCUGGAUGUCGCAGGCUGGGCCGGGCCCCCUGCCCUGCACUAACCUCUUCGUGAGUCUCAACUAGACUGAGCCGCAGCUUCAGGGUCAGGACCGGCUCUGACUUAAUUGAGGACAAGGGGGUUACAUCUGCUUGAGUUCUUGGCCUCUAUGGUCUCUUUGGGGCAUGAUGCCCCUCUGUCCCAUGCUUAGGUGCCCACAUGUGGCCACAAGUGCCUUUCCUUCCAACAUCCGUACUUCAGGCUGCUGUCCAGGCACCUGUGGCUCCAGGCAGAAGCGUGAGUGCAGAGCCAGGCCUGGGCUGACGUUCUGCAGGUGCUGCAGGAGUUGACAGCCUUGGCCACGCAGCCCAUGGCCAUCCAUUCCCCUACACUGUGGCUGCCCCCAGUCCACCAUCCUUCCAGGGCCAGGCCUGGAACCAAACUGACUUCUCUCUGGACCUGACAGGUUCUUGGCUGAGUAUGAUGGUCUUGCCCAUUUCUUUGAUUAUCCUCAACAAGAGGUUUAUAGAGCCAUUGGGAACAUCACAUCUGUCUACCACGUCCUCACCAGAGACAUGACUGCCUUGGGCCAGGCCUGGGACAGUCAGAAGUUACACUUGCCUGUUGAAACCCAGAUUCAUUGGCUUCAAUCUAGGCAAUGGGCUGAUGGGCAGCUGUCAGUUCUCCUGUGCUUGGGGGAGGCAGGAAAGGAAGGUCAGGCAGGAGAUCUGCUUGGCGCCCACCUGUGCCUGUCUCACCUGGCUGCAGGUGCAUUGGAGGCUGAACCCCUUUCUUGAUCUGCAGGUGUGGAUUUCAGGUUUCCAAUGGUUGUCAGGGUGUGCUCCAGUGCUCUCCUGGCCCUAGGGAACCCUGGGCUCCAUGAGGCCUUGGCCUAGGCAGGAUUGUUUCCCACACUGUCAUCUCCCCAUACAGUCACCUCCCCAAACACUGGGCUGCAGGCUCUGGUAUAUGUAAAAGUUCAAAGGCAAAAGUCGGCCCUUCCGCUCUCCCGGAGUGGGUGGCCCCUCCCCUCUCAGAGUGGGCGGGGACAGGAGUUGCAGGGGCAGCUUUCCUUGGGAUGCCACAGGUCUCUCUGGAGCUGCCUGGCCACGUCUCCUUUCCUUUCAUCUUUCUCAUGACCAAUGGGAUUGGAGCAUGAAGGCCACGCCCCUGUUCUACAUUCUAGUGUGGUCCUGGUUACGCCUCCUCUGGCUCAGACACACAGCUGCCUGGUAGAGGAGUGGAGCUGCUUACCAGUGCUCCUUUGAAUUGUGCUGAUGUGGCGCCAACCCCACCUCCCUCCCCAACCCCACCUCCCUCCCCCACCCACCAUGUCGAUGUCAGAAGAAAUUCACAAGAUAAAAUUAGCCUCGGCUAGGAAAAAGUUAAAAGAAUUUCAACAAAGAAACAGUCCUGCUGUUCCAUCUCGAGUGAGAAGAAGAAAGAAAAGAAACAACAGUAGCCGUGAGACAUCCGCUUCUGAUGGUUGCCAGUCACCAUGCCAUUCAGCAGCAGGUGGUCACAAGGAGGGCCCUGCACCGUGUGCCACCAUGAAAGGUCCAGAGCCCUCAAGCCGCCGUGAAGCAGUCCUUGAGCAGCAGGUACAGCAGUUUCUACAGGAGCGGGAACUGCUAAAAGCGCAGGUGGCAGAGAUUGAAAUAUUCAAAAUGGAGAAAAGUCAAGAUGCAAUGACAAUCGAGAAGCUGAAGGGGAGCCUUGCCCACCUACAAAACCUUCUGGCUGAACCCCCAAUCCCAAAGCACCCACAGGGCCCUCUAACUUGGAAAAAAAACCUAAAAACUGAAACCAAGUACCUGAGAGAUGAGCCACGGGAACAGGAGAGACUGCAGGAGGCGAAAAUGAGGCUCUGGGAGACGGAGGUGCCAUUUCUGAACGCUGCUAAAGCCAGUGCCCAGGAGGAGCAGGCACGGCUCUGUGAGCAGCUCCAGAAACAACAGGUGUGCUGCCAGCACCAGGCUCAGCUGGGGGCCUCGGCCCUGAAGGAGCCAGAGGCAGCGGCCGCAGCCACAGGGACUGGGAGCGAGUCUGGGUGUGGGGAGACCCAGCGGGCCCUGCAGGGAGCUCUCGACCAGCUGCAGAGAGACUUCAUGGACAUUGUGAAGGAGAAUUCGGAUCUGAAGGAGCGGGUGGAAAAACUAGAGCUCGGAUUCAUUCAGCUCUCUGGAGAGAGAGACGUGAUAAGAAAGUUCGUCAAACCAAAUGACCGUCAGAGGGCAAUGGCCAAGACCCAGCACCAGAAGAACGAUGUUAGCAUGCUGUCGCAGGCCGAGGAGGGGAUGAAGGUAAAGCUGCUAGAGCUGCAGGGGCCAGUGAUGCAGCUUAUGAUCAACCAUGAGGUCGUCCAGCACCCUGCUAAUGAGCCCACUCCAGGGGCCCCAGCCCCCCAGGAGCCUGGUGCUGCUGACAAGGAUGAACUUUGUGAUGUGAUCAUCGCUGGCAGCCUGCAGCCUGCAGGAGGGAGAGUACACCACAACCCCACUGCACAGCAGAUGGCACAUGGCUUUGUGAGCUGCAGGACAGCCAGCAACACCGACCCUUGGGCAGCAGUCCCACCACGCCAUGCUUUUACCAGGCUGUGGGCGAAGGAGCGGGUAAACAUCACGAUCAGCUAAGAGCUGGCCCAGAAGUUUACAAACAAACAAAGUUAUAGGCUUAGUCUUCACGUUUACUUCAUUUGAAUGUUAGAGCCACUUAGGAUAAUUUGUGUUUCUAAUCUAUAGUUUAUUUGUAAAAAGUUAAAGGAAAGUGGGUCUUCGUGUGGCUUUCACUGAUGUUCACGCUGGCAUUUUUUAGAAUUUUUGAUUUUAAAUUUGAUAAUCGUAGGUCAUUAGCAUGCCUAUCGAGUUUGCCCUUACGUGGUGGGAGUUCAAACACACAAAGACCCACUAUUGGCACAAAACUAUUCUCGCUAGUUUGGAAUAGGCUGCCAUGGUUAUUUAAUGUUAUUGCAGCCAUGUGUAUUCAUUAUGGAAUUCAGAUACAAUUUGCUUAUGUUCUGCUAUGAUACUUGAUCAAAUCCUAUUUACAGUGAGCUCUUAAUUAGCUCAAUAUGUGCUUUGCCCUCACGUGCACACUGUUUAUUACUUUGUAAGAUGCCACUGUGAGUACUGACAUUUAGAGUUGUUGAAAGGCCGAGAACUGGAAACAGCCUUUCUUCCAUGUUCUGUGUAUUGCAAAUGGGAGUAAUAACAUUUUGGGGAGCUUUUAAAAUCUCACAGAAGAGGAAAGCGGCCUGCUCUGGCUGGUAUGUGCAGAAUAGAGUAGUUCAUUGGUUCCUGUGCCAAGAAUAAGCGCUGCGCUAUGGUAGUUCUUUUAGGGUUUUUCUGUGCUCUGGGCUCAUGAAGAUACUGCAUGAUAAGCUGCAGCAGCUGUACUCUUUUUUAUGACCUACAAAGAGAUGAUUUCUGAGGAAUAAAAGGCUCCCAUCUUUGAUGGAUGUGGAAAACCUUUCCUAGCUUAGAGCAUUUACAGCUAUAAUACAUUGUAAAGUCAGAGCUCAUGUUACCUGUUUUAAUCACAUGACUCUAAGUCUCAGUACACAAAAGGGCACUGGUUGGCAUUCUUCUUAAUGUAUUUAGUAAAGGCCAUAAGAAAUCCUUUAAGAUAAAGUGUAAUUUAUAUAUAUACAUAUAUAUAAUAUAUAUGAAUGGAAAUUUGUAUCUUAGAAUGGAUAGGCACUAAAUAUUGAUGACUGAACAGUUAAUGUUUUAGGACACUUGGUAUAGUGAGUGCCUUGCACACAGAAAAAGACCACGGAUGAGAUUAUCCUUUGUAUCAUUUCACAGUUUUAAAAAUUGCUAUUGAUUACAGUUCACAUAGCAAGUUGCUGAUAAAAUGUCUGUUUUUAGAAAACAUCUCCAACAACAACAAAAUCCUUUCAGAGUUUAAAUGUCCAGAAAAAAAAUAAAAAUUUUAAUAAAAAAUUAAAAAAAGUUUAAAUGUCCCUGGAACAGGCACACAGGGUGUAGUCAAGAAUGAACUAGAGUGCAGGAAAGCCGUGUGACACCUGGCGUCCCUCUGUGUUCACGGAGCUUCUUUGAGGCGAGAUUGACUUGACCGUCCAGACUUCUCUGGCUAAUACCUAUUUUUCAACCACCUUGGUUACUCUGACAUAGGAAUUGCCUUGUUUUUCUUCAAUGAAAAGGACUUUAAACAAUAAUCACAAACAUUAUUAUAAACUAAUAUAUGUGAGAGUACUUGGCUGAAAAAAAAGGAGUUUCAGUAGACAGAAUUGUACUAUAUUUGACAAUCAAAGAGAAGUUUAUGCAACGUAAAAUGUUUAUAGCCUGCAGUGCCAUCUACUGUUUGUGAAUGUCAAUGUAUUAUCAGGAAAAGUGUCUAACAAUCACAGAGUUCUAUUUCCUCAGCAAGUUCUUUACCAAGAGAGAAAUAUGUUUUUAUACCUUUCAGUCUCAGUUAGAGGCACAUUUUGUGCAAGAUUUAUGUUAAUGUGUCUCUACAUUAUGAAUGAAUUCUUUCAGUCAGUCAUUGCAUAAAUCAUAACUUUAUGAUGCUUGGGACAGAAUCAACAGUUGAAACUUCAUGAAGUUCUAAUGUCCAUGUACCAAAAUAUGUCCCAUUGUUAGGAUGGAGGGAGAUAUGCAGGUGUGCUCCCUGAAGGGGAGAUUCCUAGUUACUGACCAACUCCACAUUUAGCAUUUGGCAUCUUCAUGAUACUUUCAUAAAUAUGGCAUUAAUAGGAGAGCACUCAUACAAUUUGACAGAUGGAAUAACACAUUUGCCUGCAUUCCCUGAAAGAGUACAAAUAUUGGGUCCUGGUGAUUUGAACUGACUCUUCCAAAUUGUAGGGAUUUAUCAAUGUAUCAGAUAAACCCAGUUUCAGAACGAUCAAGGAGAAACGUUAGACCAAAUAAUGCGGCUAAUUAACAGUGGCAUGAUUUCUAGCCGGGGGCUUAAAAUGGACUUAAAGUUCUGUUUUGUGUUUUAUUUCUGAACUUGCCGCUUUUGCAUUCUUUGAGUUCAGUUUAAAGACAGUUACUCUAAGUCCAUUUUCAACCCUCGGGCUAGAAAUCGUACCCCUGUUAAUCAGCCACAUUAUUUUGUCUAACAGUUUUUCUUAAUCAUUCUGAAACUGGGUUUAUCUAAUACAUUGAUAAAUUAUUUCAAAGGGAUUUUGAUAGUUCAAAUCACUUCACUUUAACCCUAAGAAAUACAAAUGACUAGGAAUGACCUUCAGAUAGUGUUUAGCAUCUGUACCCAAUCUGAUGAUAACGUGUUCAUCAGGUACCUGUGCAGUAAAUCCCAUACAGGCAUGUUUAAGCUGAAUGGCAGUCUGGAAAAUACAUUUACUAUUAACCGAAAUAUCACUCUGAGUAGGUAUUUUGUCAUCUAUUUAAGAAAAAUCUAAAAGAACGGAAAUCACAUGACAGUGACUUAAGUCUUUCUUCAAAGUGCACGUGAGUCUCCUGAAGUACUUCAUUCAGCCAAGUGUCUGUUCUCUUCCUCAUUCAGUAGAAGGCAGCUUUCAAUUGGCUUAGAAGGCAACAUCAGAAGGUUAGCGUUCAUCAAAAACACAGAAUUUUAAAAUGUGUGUUCAACUGACCAAAUUUGAAUUUCUGUAGGAAGAAUCAAAAUACCUGUUUAAAGAUUGCAAUAUAUGAUAAUCAUUUUUAAAGGAUUUUAUUAAACCUGAUAGGUUUUCCAGAAAUGAAUAAAACUCAGUUCUAAAAACAACGCUGAUUUUUAGAAAAUUUGAAAAUGUAAAUCAGUCCUAUCCUAUCCACAAUAUAGUUUCUCUAAAACUUUAUCUUAAAGAGUUAUUUUAAAAUAACUAUUUAAAAAAUAACUGCUCUCUUAAUGUUUUGAAAUUACUUAAAACAUUUAAAAAUAUGAAUAUUGCAGUUUAGAAGAAAUAGGGGGAAGGAAAAGUGAAGAAAUGCCAAUUCCAGUCCAAAGCUUUAUUUGCCAAGUUUUCUAAGAAUGACUUUUACCACUGUAUGAACUCCUGUGAACAGAAUGUAAGAUGGAAAUCCUGAGCCUUUUGUCUAAAGCGGCAAUACUGACUGCUGCUGUGAUGCUCCUGUGAUGUAAUAAAUUAUUCAGUUGCUGCAA